CAUGGUAGUAGUCUUGCGAGUGACAGUAAUGUUGCCACAAAUGGCGGUACGAAUGAGUGCAACGGCAGCGAAAGCAGCAACAUGCAAAUGUCACUGGACGUUGCAAGUGCGGCCGCCGCCGCUGCCGCCGCCGCCACACAUCAUCACUCCCACCACGCUCAUCACCACACCCAUGGAGUUGUGCCGCCACCACCAACCCAGCCACAUGAUUUCCAUCCCGCUUACAGAAUUCCCAGCUACAUGGAGCAUUUAUACUCACUCCAGCGGGCCAGCCCGUCGGCAACGUUCCAUGAUCCAUACACCGGCUGCGCUUCGUCAUUUCAUUUGACAGGGCUAAGUCUUAACUCUGCCGAUUAUUUAGGAGCGCGCUCACUUGGCGAUCUACAUCCAGCAACUGCGGCAGCAGCGGCAGUUGCCGCCAAUUCAUUAACAAGUACAGACUUUCAUUUCAGCGUCGACGGAUCGCGAUUGAACAGCCCGCGACCAGGAAGCCUACGCGCUAGUAUUAGCCGGAAACGUGCUCUAUCCUCUUCACCAUACUCGGACUCCUUCGAUAUCAAUUCAAUGAUAAGAUUCUCGCCCAACUCUCUAGCUACCAUUAUGAACGGUUCGCGGUCCAGCAGCACUGCUAGCGGUUCGUAUGGGCAUUUGUCGGCGGGCACCAUCAGCCCCGUGCCACAUUUGCAGCAGCUUCAAGCGCAUUUACUAAGAGCGAGUGCCGGUCUACUGCAUCCGCUGCCUUCCCAUCAAGCUGCGGCCGCCAGCAUGUUCGCCAUGGGCCACAUGCAUCCAUUACAAUCGGCCGCGGCUGCAGCAGCCGCUGUAGCAGCAACGGUGGUCAACAGUGGUUCAGUGGGUAGUACGAGCAACACUACAGGAAUACCAGCCACUGGUAGCAACACAAGCAUGCCAGCCAAUAAUAAUAUUGUUAACACGACUACACCUAGCCCCAUGGCAAGUGAACAUUUGUUGAGUAGAAAACUGUUCGAGGGAUGCUGCAAGGCUUAUUCCCGCCUUGAAAACCUCAAAACCCAUCUGCGAUCGCACACAGGUGAGAAGCCGUACACCUGCGAGUACCCCGGCUGCAGCAAAGCCUUCAGUAAUGCGAGCGAUCGAGCCAAGCACCAGAAUCGGACACACAGUAAUGAGAAACCGUACAUCUGCAAGGCGCCAGGCUGCACCAAGCGCUACACCGAUCCUAGUUCACUGCGCAAGCAUGUGAAAACGGUGCACGGUGCCGACUUUUAUGCGAGCAAGAAGCACAAAGGUUCCUCGAACGAGGACGGCAACGGCGGCAUAGACGGACACGGCAUUGGCAGCGUGCAUGGCACCAGUGGAUUGAAGUCGUCAAUACAUUCACAACUUCAAAAUCAUCCUCAAAUUGACUCCAGCCCACGCAGCGAUGACAUGCAUUCUGGCAAGGCUAAUAGCAUAUCCAGCCCGAGCAUCAAAUCGGAAUCAGAUGCGAAUUCGCCCGAGCAUAGCCCAAACGUCACUGAUGGACACCAGUUGGCACUACAAACGUCACAGUUAAAAUUGGCUGGCAAUAUGCGUGACACCGAAAAUGCCAGCGCUGGUUUCGGACCUGAUGAGUUUCAAUUAAGUAAUGCUGCAGCACUGGAUGAAGGCUGGGAAUACGAUGAGGACCUAGAAGUGGCGGACUUGCCGUACGUUUUGCGCGCCAUGGUCAGCAUUGGUAGCAGCGCCAACACCGGCAACAGCGGUUGCGGUGGCGAAAAUCAUGGAGUUGGUGGGGGUGGUGGCGCCAGUGGCAUGCUCGGCGGUGCUUUGCCACGCCAGCGUCUGCGGGGCCGACUGCAGGCGAAAGGUAUAAAUUUGGGAUCAGCAAUGCUAUCGAAUAUACCUGAGGCACGCAGAAACGUUGGAAUCGGUAUCGGCGAACUGAAUCAAAGGAUUAACAACUUGAAAAUGGAACCCACCCCUUCUCCGAUGUCGCCUCCAAACACCGAAUACAUAUCCAAAAUGUCGCCACCGAGCAAUCAUAUCACCGAGUUGCACACGCGUCUACACCAGCAACAAAUCAUGAGACGGGAUAGUCAAAAUUCAAAUGCCAGCACCUACUAUUGCAGCAUGCAGAGUAGGCGCAGCAGCCAAUCAUCUCAGGUGUCUUCCAUAUCUACUAUGAGACCUUCAUAUAAUACAGGUUCUCUCUAUGAUCCCAUUUCACCUGGUUGCUCACGUCGUUCCAGUCAACUGUCGAAUGUCACCUCGGGCGUCUUGGGUGGCGGCGGUGGAGGCAGCGCUGGUAACUUCAAUGCCAAUGUUAACGCCAAUUCUAACCCCAAUGGCGACGCCGACGGUAAUUGCGGUUUCAAUGAUAACUGCUAUAGAAAGCCGCUGGUAUUCAACAAUAUGGGUACUGUUGAAGCGGGCACUGAUAGCUCAUCGCGCGGCGGUACGUUAAAGAUGAGUGAAAGCAGCGUAAACAGCAACAGUUUGCCGCCCCCACCAUCAUCACACCUGAUAUCGUCACACUUACAGCGCCUCCAAUACGCCAACUACCAACACAAAGCUCUUCUUCGGGACCGCGGUCGCAGCUCUAUACCAAACAUGCCUUUCCCACAUACUCCGGAACAAAAAUCCAAUUCGAAUGGAAUCGAUUCGUAUACAUCAAACAAGACAUUGCUAGGGCCCGCAAGGCGUCGUCAAUCAGAGCCUGUUCGCACAGAAUGCGAUCGGUAUGCACCUUCGUCUCCAACAUCGCUGUUGCCGGUUCCAUACAAAAUACGUGGUAGUACCAGCUGCCCGCCCAACGGCAUAGGAAUUGAAGACUGCCAAGCCAAAGCGAAACUCAACAGCUGCUCUGCGCGCAGUCGCGAUGAGUCUAUGGCUGCAUACCGAGAGCACCAUCCAAAUGAAAGGGUCAACUUGGAUGAGGUUGAAGAGGACGAGCUAAUAGAGAACAAGCUGGUAUUACCAGAUGAAAUGCUGAUGUAUUUGAAUCAAGUAGCUGAUAAACCAAAUGUCAGUCAGCAUCAGGAGUCUUCAACGCAGCAGCAGCCACCGCCACAACAACAGAAGGUACAAGGAAAGCCCCUAGAACCCAAACAACCAACAAAGGGCGCACCUGUCGGCAAUGUUCCAACUGUCAAUGAAGCCCACUCCAAAUCGUCUACACCUCAAAUCGUAGGUUGUGCUGGGAAAAACGCGACAUGUCAUCUACCCUCGCCCAUAAUGUACCCUAAUAGCCCUAACAUGGUUGAACCAAGCCCAUCUACUUUGGACCAAAUAAUGUCCCCACAGUCUGCAUACGCGAUGCCGGCUAUAGACAUCCCCCAUUCCCGUCCCAACCUGAACGCCCAAGCAGCAACUUCCCCUUACGAUUUUUAUCGCGCCCAGCCACAAUCAGUCGAGGUACGGGAUAUGGACUAUGACUGCAGGUUCCAGGUAGCAUGCCAGCACCAACAACAUCAACAACAGCAGCCAUGUAACCACCAUCCACUGGCCACAAAUUAUAUCCGUACCGAGAGCGUUGGAAUCUGUCCAACACAGCCACACCACAAUCAGCAGCCAUACCAACAGCAACGACGACAACAACAACAGCAUCUUCAUCAGCAACAACAACAACAAUCAAACUCAGCCAUUUGUGUCGAUUCAUCAAUGACCAGUUUGCCCGAUAUCAAAGCAGACAAUAUGAUUAAAGUCUGCAGCGAACAAGUUGCUACACCGGUUUCUUUUUCUGUGGCCACGAACAGCAACCUCUUAUACCGAGUUCCAUUGUCUACAGCGCGAACUUUGCACCAACACCAACAGCAGCAAUUGCAAGAACCAAUUGCGUCGACAUUGAGUGGACCAGUGAAAAAGCUAGCUGCUGCUGAAAUACAAUGUGGCGAUAUAAGUCAAUCACAAAUGUCGCCCGCAUUGGAAGCGCACCACCAACCAGCCUCCGCAACAAAGUCAACAAUAGUACCAGCCAAAAGUACAAAAGACACACAACCGACAGUAACCACCACAACCAUGAGUGUGCAAUCAGUAGCAACCAAUCAGACGAUUCAGUUACCCCCACCACCAGCGGCAGUGGCAAAUAGACAUUUCUUCUGCAACGCACCAACCACAACAGCAAUUGCGGCGGCAUCUACCACAAACUUGCUUGAAGUUAGCGCCAAUAUCGGACGCAUGUACGUGCCCAGCGAUGGCGGUAGCAUGCGUUUCGAUACAUAUCAGCGGACACUCGAGUACGUGCAGAAUUGCCAAAACUGGCUGGAGACCAACAACUCACCGACUGGCAACUGUAGCAGCGAACUCCGCGACUACGAGCAAAGCGCCCAGCAGGCCGUUAGCAGCUCCACACAUCCUAACUCAAACAUGAUCAUAAACGACAUGACAACCUCGUUGAGUUCGCUGCUGGAGGAGAAUCGAUACUUUCAACUUCUGCAAUAGAUUGUGUAAUAAAGAUCGAGAACUAUGUUACUUUCGCAUUGUGGUAGUCAUCAGACGCGAUAGUUACAAUUUAAUCGUACAAUGCGUAACGUAUUCGCGCAGUUUUGACGUUUUCUCAUUUCAUCCCGUUCUUAUUAUCGCUUCCAAUUUAUCUUUUUUUCAUCUUUCUGUCCUCAAGACUGGACGUCCAGACUUAACGCCCAGUUAAAAAUUAAAAUUCCAUUUGCUCGGGAUUAGCGCCCCGUUAUUGUGGGAUGCUUCAUACAAACAAUUCUUUGGCGCUUAACAUCCAAUUUAGGCAUGGCUGUGAGCAUGUGACAAGCGAAAGCAUAACAUCGUGCUUACAAUGUGCACGUUUGGCCGGCACUGUACUAGAAUAUCAUUCGCUUAGCUAUGUAAAUAAAAAUAACCUAACCAAACAUAUUUUGCACCAGGGAAAAGGGAAGAUUACCAAGGUCAAAAAGCUCAAACUGUUGGGUUUGAAAAAAUUGCAAUAUGUAUAACAAAACGUUGCAAGUUUUUAUAAGUGUUCUAUGUUUAUAUGCCUGAUUAAAUAAUUAAAGGUUCGAUAAACUGACAGUUGUCUCUCUCGCGCCACUCCCUUAGCAGUAGCAUCGUCUUCUUUGCAAAUUUACUUGAAAAAGUGCAGCUUACGUGUGAAAUAGAAGCAUACGUUUUUGUACAUUUAACUGAUCAAAACAUAAAUUUAACUCAUGAAAACUUAAAUUGUUUUUAAAUUCGAUGUUUACAUACAAUUCAUAGUAGUUUCAUUCUAGUUCUAAGCCCUUUUUUCAGUUUUUAUACAUAUAUGUAAUACUCCUAUAAUGGCAGUAAGAGCUAGUACCGUCCGAAAACAUUACAG